UGGUGAGCGGCUUAGCCAAGAAAAGCACUUCCUUUUGCCGGUGGUGGCGACUGUGAGGGGAUCGCUAUGAAGGCCUCUGGCACGCUUCGAGAGUAUAAGGUGGUGGGGCGUUGCCUGCCUACCCCUAAGUGCCACACGCCGCCUCUCUACCGAAUGCGGAUCUUUGCACCUAACCAUGUUGUGGCCAAGUCCCGCUUUUGGUACUUUGUGUCUCAGCUAAAGAAGAUGAAGAAGUCUUCAGGGGAAAUUGUUUACUGUGGGCAGGUAUUUGAGAAAUCCCCCCUGCGGGUGAAGAACUUCGGAAUCUGGCUUCGCUAUGACUCCCGCAGCGGAACCCACAACAUGUACCGGGAAUACCGAGACCUGACCACUGCAGGCGCUGUCACCCAGUGCUAUCGGGACAUGGGUGCUCGGCACCGUGCCCGGGCCCACUCAAUCCAGAUCAUGAAGGUGGAGGAGAUUGCAGCCAGCAAAUGCCGGCGGCCGGCAGUCAAGCAGUUCCAUGACUCCAAGAUUAAGUUCCCACUGCCCCAUCGGGUCCUACGUCGUCAGCACAAGCCACGCUUCACCACCAAGAGGCCCAACACCUUCUUCUAGGUGCAAGGCCCUCUCACCCAUCUCUGCCCAAAUAAAUUCAUGCCCAGGUGCUCAA